AUUCUAGGGUUGACAAUUGGUGCUUUAACAAAAUAUCUUCACACUUAGAUUUUAGAUAAAUAAUCAUCAGUAAUGUGGAUAUAAUGACUAAGUGAGUAAAGGUGAAUAAAGUCAAGAGGAGACUGUUGUUGGUCCUAGGCUGUGGAAUAGCCUCCCUGUCUCCUUGAGAUCGCUGUCCUCUUUAUAUGAGUUUAAACUCAAACUAAAGUUUUAUCUCUUGGAGCGUGCAUUUCUCUAAAUUCUUACUUUUAUUUAUAUAUAUAUAUUUUUAUUUUUUAUUUUUGCUGUCUGAAGGAUGUUUUAUUCUAUUAUCUUUCCUGACUCUUGUUAUGUGAAUCAGCACAGUGGUCAACUUCUGUUGUGCUAUACAAAUAAAUGAAAUGAAUGAAUAAAUGAAUAGAACAGCUACCAACAGUGUGGUGAGGUCAGAAAAGUACAUCACUUCACUGUAAUGCAGCCUUUAAAACCAGGAAAAGACACUUAUGUCAUAUCACAAUAUCCAAAAUCUAAGACGAUACCAAGUCUCAUAUCACAAUAUAUCCAUAUAAUAUCCAUAUAUUGCCCAGCUCUACUUACAAAUCAGUGAUUUUAGGCUAAAACGACAUCAAAAACACUUAAUUGCAAACAUCACAGCAGGAUGAGACGAUGAAGAUGCCGGGAAGGCCGAUGUAAGAAGGUGAGAAGUGGUGUUUUUAGAUAUGUGAGCUGCGGGAUGUGUGUGUUUUUUUUUGUGUUUCCAGGACAACUGUCGUCGGGCGGAGAACCUGCUGCGUCUGUGGAUCAUCGAAGCCAAAGACCUGCCGCCCAAGAAGAAGUACUUCUGCGAGCUGUGCCUGGACGACGUGCUGUACGCGCGCACCACCAGCAAGCUGCGCCACGACAGCCUCUUCUGGGGCGAGUACUUCGACUUCUGCGGCCUGCCGGCCGUGCACAGCGUCACCGUGCACAUCUACCGCGACGCCGACAAGAAGAAGAAGAAGGACAAGAACAACUACGUGGGCCUGGUGAACAUCCCCGUGGCGGGCGUGGCCGGCCGGCAGUUCGUGGAGAAGUGGUACCCGGUCAGCACGCCGACGCCGAGCAAGGCUAAGGGAGGAGGCCCCUCGAUCCGCAUCAAGUCCCGCUUCCAGACCAUCUCCAUCCUGCCCAUGGAGCAGUACAAGGAGUUCGCCGAGUUCGUCACCAACAACUACGGCAUGCUGUGCUCGGUGCUGGAGCCCGUCAUCAGCGUGCGCAACAAGGAGGAGAUGGCGUGCGCUCUGGUGCACAUCCUGCAGAGCACCGGGAGGGCAAAGGACUUCCUGACGGACCUGGUGAUGUCGGAGGUGGACCGCUGUGCCGACCAUGACGUGCUGAUCUUCAGGGAGAACACGCUGGCCACCAAAGCCAUCGAGGAAUAUCUGAAGCUGGUGGGACAGAAGUACCUCCACGACGCACUCG